AUGAAUUCCUCAGUGAGUGUCAGCAGUAUUGAUAGCUUCGAGGAAUAUAUGAGCAAAAUUAUAGUAAGCAUUCUUCUUGGAUUCAUCAUAAUCGGUAUCAAUGGAUUAUUUGUUUUCACCUUCUUCAAAACCUCAGUUUUCUAUAACAAUCCAAGAUACAUUUUAUAUAUACAUUUAGUUAUUAAUGAUAUGAUAAUGGUUUGUGUCUCUGUAAUUCUCCUUGUAAUGUCAUAUUUAUUGAAGAAUAUUAGCAUUUCAUUUUGUUGUGUAUUACUAAUCAUAGCUUCAGCCACUCAGAAGAACACACCCCUAAUCUUAUCUGCUAUGGCAGUAGAGCGUUACAUUGCCAUUUGUAAACCUUUGCAUCACUCUCAGAUCUGUACAGUACACAGGACUUUCAUUCUUAACAUUUUGAUAUGGGGUGUUGGACUUAUUCCUCCACUGACAGACUUUGUUAUUUCUGUUGUUCUGUUUCCUUUGUUCAUUUUUAACACUGUUACUGUCUGCUCUUCAUCAUUUCUGUACAACACUGUUUACCAUAAUCAGAGAAAGCAAGCUACACAAGCAAUUUAUACAUCCUUUGUCUGGAUUGUUCUUUUUUAUACUUAUUUUAGGGUGCUGGUUACAGCCAGAAAGAUGUCAAGUGACAAGGAAUCUACAAAAAAAGCCAAGAGCACAAUCUUGUUGCAUGGAGUACAGCAGUUACUCUGUAUGUUGUCCUUUACUCCUCCAGUACUUGACUUAGUUUUUGCUCGUAUAAUGCCUACUCAAUGGACCAAGUACAGUUUUUAUGCUUACUUGAUAACAAACCUUGUACCACGCCUUCUUAGUCCUCUAAUUUAUGGUAUUCGAGAUCAGGUGUUUGUCAAACAAUUGAAUAAAAACUUCUCAUGUAAAGUAUUAAUUGUAAAGUUUUAUCCAGACAAAAACAUAACCAAAUAA